CAGCCGUUGGUAGAUAUAUGAUAAACGAAAUGGAACUAUAUAAGGUGGCGCGGUGGCAUGCACUCCGUGGUAGAAUUAUGGUGCAAACCGUAGGCCGUGCUUUCGAAGUGUCCGUGCUGACCGCACUCCUGACGCUGCUGUUCGUCGAUCAAGUAAGAACGACGGCGAGGAACACGACUUCCAAUGAUGCAGCCGCCGUGUACCGCUGCGGCAUGCUAUAACCCCGUAGAAUGUUAGCGCAUAUCUCGUGUACCAGUGUCUCCUUGUUCUAUUCUCCUCGACCAGAGGUCGAUCAAUACGUCGGUUUUACCCACGGUUCGCCCGUGUCUAGACAAUGAACCCCUGUUCGCUGUAUUUCUCGUUCAUGAGUGUCUUCUAGGCUGUGCAAUGGGGGGCAUGUCUGCUCUCCUCCAAAAGACUGUUGUUCCUUUGGUUGUUGUUACGGUGUAUUCCAAGUGCACACUGCAUCAGACAUGUUUAAUUUCUUGAUUUGGACUUAUUGGUACUUAUGGGCAGCGGUACUUAUAGGGUUGACCAUAGCAGCAGCAUAUAUUGGUUGUUGGCUAUGGAGACGCCGCAGAUCGGUCAUGGUGGAAGAUUGUGCUUCUUCGGAUAGAGCUUCCACAGGACCGUGGUACCCACCGCCACAUUAUAGUCACUGUAGUUCUUUCGUUCAAGCCCUGCCACCUCCCUACAAUGAGGUUACAGCAAAGCCUGAUCUGUAUCCAUUGGUGAUCGGAUAUGACGAGGGAUCUGGCAAAGGAACAUCAGGAUUUGUGAUGCGCUACUUCAGAUCCCUUUCGCAUGCAAGCACAUUGGAUUCCUUGAGCUCCAGUUUCAUGUGCAAUAUGGUAAACGAAGCAAAUACCAUAAUUCCUCCACCAUACUCCUGUAACAACAGCGUCGACGAGUUAUCUGCAGUGGAAUGCGAGAGAAUGGAAAACAUGGAUGUUGGGUCUGUUGUUUCGUUGGCUAAUCAUAGGACAACAUCUGACAUAUCGAGUUUAGCUGCUCAAUCUCCGUGUUCACCACCACGGGCUACUAGUCCAACGAUAGAGUUACGUGAACUGUUAGAUAAAAUUCAACAGCUACCACAGCUCCCCAGUGGGCAUAGCACCGUUUUGCCUUGUUAUCAGAAUCGACCUCAAGUUUUAUGCACAACAAAUGCAAACGGCUCUACGCAACGGCCUUUAAGUCCAGGCGACGUUGUUGGAUCAUACAAAGCCAGAAGGGCACGAGGAAAGAUGUACAUGCCACUAGGACAUCCUGGCUCGAAGAACAAAACAAAAAGAUGGCUAUCGCGUUCGGCGCCGACGACACCGUCGGGUACGAUGCCAAUGUCGUUCUUGCCUGGACAAAGUAGGCGACCUUCUGAAGCGGAUGGCAGCAAUCAGCAGGUGGUUCCGUUGCUCUCCGAACAAGACGAAACGGAAAACAAUGCCGUGGACCAUUUGAACGGCAUUCCACCUCUGUCCGAGCAAGAAGAAGAUCGGCAGCAAACAUGACGAAUCGUCUAAGUAUUUUUAAAUAUUAAGAAUUCGAUUCCAGAUAUCGUCGCCCCUCCGAGUAAUCUGUAUAUUUUUUAACGUGGCUGGUAAACAACUCCUCGUCGCAGUUUUAAGCGAACCGUUACCGUGUAUAAAGUUUGGCAAAUUGAUUUCGUCCGAAAGCAAAUAACCGCCAGCGCUCCUAGAAAAGAGAAACGUUCAAUGCUGUGACCUAGUUUCUUUUUCUCCGUAUUUACAGCUAGACGCCAUAGUAAGUUUUUCUUUUUUCUAGCGAGUCUUCGAAACCGAACCGUUACGAGGUAGAAUGAUAACGUACUCUAUGGAAUAGCUUGCAGUUAAAUUAACGAAACAGACACGACAAAACACACACACACAUACACGAAACGUUACGAUGAUAGAUUUUACGUAGACGAUAUAACGAACUACGCAUUUUGAACUCUCCAUCGAACCAGAGUUGGGCACACUUUUAUCUAGAUGAAAGCUUUACUCGUGGGUCACGAAUGAAACGUUAUUCGUUAUUCGAUAUUUGAACGAGCCUAACGUUGUCUGUAUGCCUUUGUGCGGUAUUGCACGUGAUAUUUACGCAUUGAAUGUGAUUUUUGUGUGGAAUGUGUAGCUUGCGUAUUGUAUGUGAUUUUUCUGUAGUAUAUACGCGAAUAAUUACAUAAACGCCACCAAAGACAUAUUCCACGCAAGAAUCACAUUACUCGCAGAUAUGAGACAAAUAUCACACGAGCCACGUAAAUCACAGCGCAAAGGUUACACAUUCCGCACAAACAUAUGACGAAUACGACACAAAAACGCGACAAUUAUCAAUUACCAAAAAAUCACAUUCCACGAAUACCACACAAACCGUACAAAAAAAAAAAAACACGUUAAACCCAAAAAUGCGACAAAUAC